UCUGGCGAGCCUUUCCCACAGUCUGACUCAGCAAGUUGUUGGCGGCAAGAGAAAAAUUUUCCGCCUAAUCUCAAAAAUUUCAGCCGCCAAAUCUCAAAAUUUCAGCCUACAAAGAGGCUCGUCAAAGCGGUUUUACAAGAUCUCUCGCUGGUGCUCUUCGCUGCGGCUCUUCACCCGCCUUCCAGAUGGAGUCAACAUCGCAGCCAUUUGCUUACCAUGAACAUACUCAUAAAGACACUGAGAUAACUGAUCUCACUUCUCAACAUGGCAGCACUUCACAGAUUAACAUGCAGUCACAGAUGUUCACAUCUAUCCCAUUUGGUUCAUCAAACAUGACUUUUAAUCCGAAUUUUAUGAUGCAUCCUUCAUUUCCACGUGCUCACUCACCAUUUGGGUAUGGAGUUCCUUUUCAAGAUCUUUCAAACUCUUCUAAUAUUCCAUUAGAGAGUCAUGUUGCUAAAAUGAGCAGAGUACCAGAAAAAAAAUAACAAGAUCGUACAAAAUACGAGUAUCUCUCAUACAGUAGGAGGCAGCAAAAACUGGAGCAAAGAUGAAGACAUAGCACUAAGAAGGGCUUGGCUAUAUAUUUCUGUUGAUGCUGAUGUCGGUAACAAUCAAAAAAUUGCUAAUAUGUGGAAUCGUAUCUUCCAAGUUUGGAGGGAGAAAAUGGGAACUUAUGAUGAGUCUCACACAACAAAUGCCUUGCAAUCUCGUUGGAGUAAGAUCGUACCUGCAGUGAACAAAUUUCAUGCUUUAUAUGAGCGACUACAAAGGAAUCCAAAGAGUGGAGCAAGCCAAGAAGAUAUGAGGCGAGAGGCAAUGCGCAUGUACGAAGAUAUUAAUCAAGGUCAAUCUUUCAAGUAUGAACAUUGUUGGGAUAUCAUGAAAAUAAAUCCCAAAUGGUGUGUGAAGGAGGGUACUAGGACCAAAGAUAUCUCCAAGCAAAAAGCUACCAAUGCAAGUGGGGAUACCCGAGUACCAACUCCACAAGUGAGUUUAGGUAAUGAAGACCAACAUCCCAUUAAUGUAGAUGCUACUAGUGCUGGUAAAUGCAGUGAUAUUGAACGCCCUGAAGGAAGAAAAGCUACUAAAGAAAAAAAAAGGAGGAUGAAUGAUGAAAAAUGUGUAGUUGAUGCUUUGAUCAACUUACAAACUGUGCUGGAAAAACAGAUUUGUGUUAGUCAAGAAGAGCUCAGGGCAAAGAAGGAAAAGGACUUGAAGAAAUUUGAGUUACGAGAAAUGGUAAUGAAAGAAGAGUUGGAGCUGAAAAAAAAUGCUCAGAAAUUAAAGGAGAAAGAUCAACAAUUAAAAGAAAAUGCUCAAAAGUUCAAGGAGAAAGAUCAACAAUUAAAAGAAAAUGCUCAAAAGUUCAAGGAGAAGUCUCAAAAGAGACUAGAUCAAGAGCAUAUUUUGAAUCAAGACAUUACCAAGCUUCCCUCAAGCAUUAGAGAGACAUUUGAGAUGUAUCAAUCACAAAUUUUUAAAGAAUGGGAAAAAGAUGGUUUUUUUGGUUGAACUACAGCUACUGAGAUUCAAGUCUUUGUGAAGCCAAAUAUUAAAACUUGCUGGAAGAGUAGAAGACAUUCUGUUUGAAGACUAGUUAUUUUUUUUUUAUUUUUUUUUAUUUUUUUUUCUUUGGUUUGCUAGUUUGGAACAAUUCUUUUUAUGGUUUAGAUAAAGUUUAGGUUCGUGAAGUAUUAGGAAGACAUUAGACUUUUUAUUCUUUAUAUUCAUUGUGUUCACUUCAUUAAACGACAUUGCAGCUCUCUUUUAAACACCUUAUGCAACAUGAUAUUACAA